AUGAUAUGCGCUCCCGGAACAGAAAAAUGUUAUUACGGAGAAAAUAAGCAAAAUGGUAUUGGGGGUUGUGGAAAAUGUGAAGGGGAUUUAGAUUGUUUUGAAUGCAAUACAAAAUACUGUAACACGAAGGACAAUUUAAAUAAGGUGUUUAGAUGUUAUGAGAGUAAUGGCAAAAGAACAGAUACGAAAGCAAGAGAAUGCCUCAGUAAAAAAUGCUAUUUUGCUUCCUCAAUUAAAGGUUGCCUAGAAGUCACCCACAAACUGAGUGCCAGCCGAGUUUGA